GCCCCCGCUGCGCUGGGGAUAAGAGCUGCAUACUAUUCAGAAGCGUGUCUUAACUGGUGGCUUGUCACUACUUUCAAUUGCUCUGUGCUGCUCUCGCAAGCUGGAAGAGCCUAUAGUCAUAUCUGGUAUCUGCGACGCGUCUCGCAGCAUUUGAGUUAUAGUCGGCAUGGCCUCUCCCGAGCAGAAUUUCUCCGGAGCAUUGGCAACAUGGAAGGACAUCAACUUGUCCGAGCUUCAAAAGACUCUUGAUGCUCAAGGCAUUGAAGUUGUAGAGAACCAAAAGGAGAGUGUUGUUGGUCGUAAAGCCUUGGCGGACAGGACAAAAGAGUUCAAGAAGAUCCCGGAUGAGGAGAAACUCACCGCCUUCAAAGGCUUGCUGAAGGCCUACCAGACGGAGAUUGACAGCCUCACCAAGCGCUCCAAGGUUGCCGAGAAUGCAUUUCUGAACAUGUAUAAGGUCCUCGCCGAGGCACCUGACCCGUAUCCUCUGCUUGAAGCCGCUGUUGAUCAGACAGUCAAGGUAGCCGAAACCCAUGAGCUGGAGAUUGCACUCGAGCGUACGCGCGAAGAAAAUGCCGAGCUCCGCAAACGUGUCAACGAGUGUUCCUCCUUUGAAAUCGCCAAGAAGAAAGCAGAUGCGCGUAUUGAGCAGCUUGAGCAAAAGAUGGAAGAGAUGAUCCAAGAGAAAGUCGCUCAAAAAGAGAAUGAGCUUAAUGCUACAUACGAUGAGAAAAUACGGAACUACGAGGAGCGCGAGCAGGAUCUCCAGCGUCAAAUUGCCCUGACGAAGACUCAACUUAAGCAACUGCGUAUGUCAAACGAGUCCAACCAGGCUAAGCUAUUCGACCAUUCUCAGCGACAAGACCAAGAGGUCGUCGCGAAGCUUGCAGAUUUGGACAUGAUGGUGGCCGACCUGGAGCAAGCAAAUAGCCGCGUCGCCACCGUCGAGCGACGAAAUGAGCUGUUGCGCGCUGAGAUCGAGGCCAUCAAGAGCGGCAACGAAAAUGCGGACAGAGUGAAAGAUCUCGAAGCAAAGGUCACAGAGCUGGAAUCUGAGACCGACCGGCUCUCCCAAGCCCUGGAGGCACAGAAGACAGCUACAGCAGAAGCACAGGCAGCCGCGGCGAGGAAGCUCGAAGAGGUCGGCAAAGACCUUCAGCAGAAGUCCAGCGAGAUGGAACAGUUGCGACAGAAGCUCAAACAAUACAACGACUAUGACGAGAUCAGGCGAGAGCUCGAGAUAAUGAAGUAUGUCGAGUUCGCUGGGCUGGAAGAAGACGAGGAACUCGAAGGAAUAACUGUAAAUGGCAGCGAUGACGCGUUAGGCUUGCAUCUUCCCGAUCCGAACGCGGACAAGGCGAACGCUAGGCGUGGCAAGUCCCUUGAGGUUCUGCUCGCGACCAAGAAUAAGCGGAUCCAAGAGGAGCUGACCAAAUUCAGAAUUCUUCACGGCGAACUUGAGGCAUCAUUACAAGCAGCGCAAGCGCAACUGGAUGCUACUCAGUCCGAGCUAGAUAAGCAGAAGGUCUUGAAUGAGAAGCUGGAGAACGAUCUUCUAGAGAUGGAUCAGCGUAAGGGUAGCGGCGACAUCAGCGGUGUGGCAAGCUCCUCGGAUAUCGCCAGCAUGGGCUCAAUCGACAUGUUGGCUGGCCUUGAUCUUGGAAAGAAGACGAGCGACUCAUCGGCCAGGACGACACCAAUUCCCUUUGCAUCCUCAGCGGAUACGACUAUUCUACCGAUUGUGACAAGCCAGAGGGAUCGCUUCCGGCAACGAAAUGCCGAGCUGGAGGAGGAGCUACGCAAGCAAUUCAACAUCAUAUCGGAACUUCGAGCAGAAGUGAAGAGCUUGCAAGCGGACAACCUCAAAUUGUAUGAGAAGGUUCGUUACAUGCAGAGCUACCGCGAGGAUGCAGCAGUGCGGCCAUCGACGCUCAAUCCAUUGACAUCUAAUGGUGCGGGGCGUUCUGAUGACAUGAGCAAAUACCGCGCGAGAUACGAGGAGGCUAUGAAUCCUUUCCAGGCGUUCAGGGGGAGGGAAGCAACGCGAGCCUACGAGUCCCUCAAUCCCUUGGAGCGCGGUGUGCUCGUCCUUACUCGUGCCAUUCUCGGCAAUCGACGAACACGGACAGCCUUCAUUUGCUACGCUAUCGCUCUCCACGUUCUCGUCAUGUUCACCACGUAUGAGUGUACUGUGUCGUCCGGGACGCAGCUGCAGAGGCAGCCAAGUCCAUACGGCUCGUGAUUGCUGCUGUUAUAACAAGCGCUCAGGACACCCUACAGCUACAGUUUAUGCACUGUACAACCAUGAAUUACAGGAUCAACUUGUAUUGCCUAACCCUAGCAACCUAUGACCCUUAUACAGUGGUACUACAUGGCGAGCGGCAACACUGGACGAUAUCGAUACGACACGCUACCAGUGUUAGUGUAUCGGACUUUGGAACCACGUUCAUUCGCUUCAAAGCUCUACGAUGACUCAUGUGAAAUCUAAUCUGUUCGAUGGGAAAUGUCUCGUGCCAGUGUUUGCAAAGUGUACAUAUUCUAGCCUCUUUACCGACCGACCGUUCGAGGAGCUUUGAGUGGCUUGAGGCUGAUUACUCCAAUUUGUAUCUCAGACUACUACUACUUGCCAAAGUCCAUCCUCUGCCAAUUGCAGUUGUUCCC